AUGCUUUGUACGGUAGCACCAGCAAGGACGGGGUUACAGGAGUCAUCUAGGCUACCGAAACGGAAAAGCGCUGAGAUGACUAUCUGUACUCAUAACACACGUAUGCUUGCAUCGGUAGCGCCCGCUAAACAUCUGAUAAUGCAACUUAUUAAGAUUAAGUACCGCUUUGUCAGUUUGACCGAGACGAGACGGCGUCACCCACUAAGCGCCGUAUACAAGACUGGUGGAGAACUGUUUUUAAGAACAUGCGACAGUAGAGGAUUUGGUGUAGAUGAUGAAUUAUUUGACUUAAUCGGCGGGCGGGUGUUACGGCCUAACGCGGCUAUCCACAUCUUCGCCGGACUGUGUCGUCCUUGA